AGGAAAUUGCGUCAUUAGCGUGCGACGCCUUAAUCGCGCGACGAUAAGCGGAGGCUUGUAAGGUUUGUUUACUAAUUUGUUUGCGCAGAAUAAUUUUUUUGGGGAGUGUUCUUAUUUAAGUCCUUUUCUGUAACUAGGAAAAUGAAGUGCUAGAUUAGAAACAGCUUUGAAGCACAUAUUUGGGAAAGGAGAAGUUAAAGCUUGGCAGCUGCGGGUGUUUAUGUGGGAAGCUGCGGCGGUAUUAAGGCUGAGGUUACAGAGACAGGCAGCAUGGCUUUAGAUGGGAUCAGCGUGUCGUUCCUGAAGUACGAGCUCGCCUCUACUAUCGACCAGGCGGUGAGGUGCGCAGUGGACACGGUGUUAAAGGAAACGGCGCGGAUUGUCGGCGCGAGGCUGACCGAGGCGCGUGACGCCGCCGCAGAGUCCCGGCGCGAGAACCGCACCCUGCGCGAGAGACUCGAGGUGUCGGAGAGCGAGCUGAAGGCGGUGCGCUACUACAUGUCCGCCGCUGAGAAGAACAUAAAGCAGUGCCUGCUGUUAAACCGACACCGACCUCCAUCCAGCACCGAGGAUCUCCAGCUUUCCUCACAAGCGACCCCUGAAACCAGAGACUCAUCUCAUCUCAAAUCCUUCAGGAACUCAUCUGGAAGGAGUCCCGGCGCUAAAACCGUGCCUAGUGUCGGCCUGUGUUUACCCACAGUGCAAUCCGACUGGCCCCGGAGCGUCAUCAACCGACGGAGGAUGCGGAACAGCGCGUGCGCCAUUAACGACACGUCGAGCCGAGCUCCUCUGGAGUCUGACUCUGUGCAGGCCGGAAGUGAAGAGCCCACAGAAGAUCAGUUUUACAUCUCAGAGGAAGGCGUGAUCGAGAAGGAGUAUAAGUCCUCUGCGGGUGCAGUGCAGGAUUUUGGGAGAGUGCCUCAGGAGGAACAAGACACUGCAGGUUCGUCCACGAAGGCCCCUGAUGAGCCGUGCGACAUCGGCAGGUUCGAGUUUGAGAUGGGAGCUCCGGCAGGUAACGUCAACGAGCUGAGCCUCAUUCAGGUGAUGGACGCGAGCGAGGAGAUCAAGCAGAACUCUGUGAAAGUCGAAGACGAAGCUGAAGUUCAGCCUUUAGACCCUCUGCCGAUAGCUGCAGCUUCCUCUUCCUGUUCAAACAGUCAACCCCAGAUCAUCUCGCCUCCCGUGUCUGCUGGCGAUGUGGAGGCACCGCUGGGUCUGAUGCCACCCGUCGAGGCGACUGACAAAGUGCACCGGUGUAACGUCUGUGGCCGAGGCUUCCGGCGCUUCUACUGCCUGAAGACGCACCAGCGCAUCCACACGGGCGAGCGGCCGUACCCCUGCCGCUACUGCGAGAAACGGUUCCGCCAUUUGGACAGUCUGCACAAACACCAGCGCAUCCACACGGGCGAGCGGCCGUACCGCUGCGCUCAGUGCGGCUGCUGCUUCCGCGAACUGGGCCAGCUCAAGAAACACCGGCUCAAACACUCGCCCACCUCCGCCGCUCCACCUGCCCACCCUGCACUCUCGCUCCUCCCGGCGGCAGCCUCCUACACCUGGUCACACCUCAACUCCCAGUCUCUGGAUCUGGUCUGAGUGCUCAAGCUUCCUGAACUACAAAAACUACACAAACAUGAGGUUAUUAUGUGCCUGAGUUCAAAAGGUUAAUCUGCUGCAAACACGUAAUAGUAGCCAUGAAUGUUCAGUCUCAUUUAAAGCUGUUGUACACGCUGUAUUGUAAUGCAAAACUCAAACAAAGCCAGAGGUGCCUACAUCUAUGGUUUAGCAGGAGCAUUUAGGAUUUUUGAUUUCUUGCUACGCUGAUAUGGGAGACACCUGAAAACUACGCUUUUCUGUUGUUGUUGUUGUUUGUUUUUCCAGAUUAAGCAGUGGUCAGAAUAAAUGUAAGUAAAUUUCACAUAGCGGAAAAGCCAAUUCACUGAAGGGGAAAGGGCACAAGACAUGAAACUCACAAAAUGUCAUCUGGUCGAGGUUACUUUCGCUUCACACCACCUUUAUCUAGGUGAACAUUGAGCUUUCAAGCUUUCUUGUGAGCCAAGAGAAGUGGGUGGGACUUUGGUCUCUUUGAUGGAUAAAAGAAAUUGGAGGAGGCUCUAAUUAUUACCAGACCAGCAAUACAGACUGGAAUAUAAGAACCUGUUUGUUAACAAAUAUUACAAAAAAAAAGUGGUCAGACCUAAAAUUUGCUGACCGCAGCUUUAAGUGGUGAAACAACACAAAUAAUGUAUAUAAACAAAUAAAAUAAGUCUACUGUGAACACAGACAUUAGAGAUUAAACCGAACUGUAUUUAUGGAUGUGUACGAGCAUUUCAGUACCUCUGUGGAGCAAAACAACACAAAUAAAAAUGGUAAUGCAUUCAUUUUAUUGUGUCUAUGGCAGCCAGUGGUUCAUGACGUAUGCUGAUUGUAGCUUUAAUGUGCUUUGUGGUAUGAUAUUGUUUAAAAAAGCUGAUAUUAUUAAAAUCUCACUUGACUGAA